CAGAAAAUGAGCGAUUUCCACCUUGAUCUUAGCCCACUCAGGGAGCCCCUGGGUUUCAUCAAGAUUCUUGAAUGGAUCUCUUCUAUCUUUGUAUUUGCUACAUGUGGAGGCUAUAAAGGUGCAACUACAAUUCUAGUCUCAUGUAAAGGGCUUGUGAACAGAACAGUAACAGCUGCUUUUGCCUAUCCUUUCAGGUUGAACCAAGUUACAUUUAGUUCACCAGAUCCUACUCGAUGCAAUGGCACAUGGUCCGAGUUCCACCUUGUGGGCAACUUCUCCUCCUCUGCACAAUUCUUUGUAACUUUAGCAGUCUUGAUGUUCUUGUACUGCAUAGUUGCCCUUGUGCUGUACCUUGGUUAUAUGCACAUAUAUCGGAGUGGUGGCAUUUUCCCAAUAAUAGAUUACGUCUUCACUCUGGGUGCUGUUUUUCUGUGGCUGGUCAGCAGUGCUGCCUGGGCAAAGGCUCUUGUUGACAUCAAAGUGUCAACUGGUCCACGCAUUGUGGAAGAAAUACCUGCUUGCAAAUUAUCAGGGUCCUCUUGUGUUUUUGCUUCUGUUACCAGCAUGGGAAGUCUGAAUGUGUCUGUGGUUUUUGGCUUGCUAAAUAUGAUUCUGUGGGCAGGAAAUGCUUGGUUUGUAUACAAGGAGACGAGUCUGCAUAAACCAAGUGGUAAUUCCCCCACCUCUGGGCUCUAUCCACCUGCCUCAGGAAUCUAA